UUACCUGUAUGUAAUGUUGACAGUUUUCCUCACCGUUGCCAGGUUACGGUCUGCUGUCCGAGAUUGGGUCUGACAAGUUCCGAGAACUGCUGAACCUCGGCUCGGGGAACUCCAUGGUGUUCGUGAUAGACGUGUCUGGCAGCAUGGGGAAUGACGUGGCAGCAGUGAGCCGGGAAACUGUGCAGAUAGUCCAGAGCACCACAGGAACGGCCAACGCACCCUACAACUACAUUCUGUCUACUUUCAGCGAUCCAGAGAUUGGACCAGUCCGCACAACCAGAGACCCAAACGAGAUGAUCACGUGGCUCGAGGCGCUAACAGUGCACGGCGGAGGAGACUGUCCCGAGUACUGCUUCUCUGGAAUAGAACUGGCCCUUCGCAACUGCCUGCCGGAGUCUCAGGUCUUUAUUUUCACUGACGCUGAUCCGAAAGAUCCAGAGAAGUACGGCAGCGUGGCAGCAUUGAUGCACGGGAAGCAGGCUGUCCUCAACUUCCUGUUGACAGGAUCGUGUAACCGUCGCAGCUCACAAAGUGGACAGGAACUAGGCUACUUCAAAGCUACCUCUCACAGUGUCAACAGACAAAGCAGCGGCAGGAACUUGUACGACCUACUCGCGCAGGAAUCCGGCGGAUCGGUCUACGAAGGCGACAAAGAGAACAUCGCGAACCUGACGGGCGUGAUCAGUGUGGCGCUGUCCAACUCCGCCCCCGUCACCCUCUACAAGGAAACAGUGUCGGCGGGCAGUGGAAGGGUUCUGCCGCUAGAAGUGGACGGCGCUCUCCUGGAGCUGGUCAUCUCCUUAGUGGCUGCAAACAGCGCACCAGACGUGGUUAUAGAGACGCCCGACGGUACGUCACAGGUAUUUGGAACACCAGAUGCCGAAAUUGCUGUGAACGUAGGAACCAACAGAGUGUAUCAGAUCAAGAACCCAUCUCCUGGCACUUGGCGAUUACGACUAAGAGAUUCGCAGCAAUACGCAUUGGAGGUUACAGGAAAGAGCAUUGUGGACUUCUCUUACCAGUUCAUGAAGACAACAAGUAACGGGAUCCUACUGCCGAUAGACGGGAGACCUGUGGCAGGGGUAAAUACAACGAUCAUCGUUGACGUUCUUGGGGCAGAGAAUAUCCAGCAGUUGUCCAAAAUGUCCCUCCUGAACGCGGCAGGUGAGGAGCUGGUGUCGUCUGCAAUGACCGCCGUUGGUGGACUUCUUGGUGCCAAGUAUUCUGCUUUAGUUACCAUGCCAACCGAGGAAUUUCGGGUCAAGAUCGAAGGCAUGGAUGUCAACAGCACUUCAUUUCAGCGUGUUCAGCCCACUUUCAUCCAACCGCAAAGUUUCGAUUUGGCUCUGGAGGGUGAAAAAGAACCACUCUAUGCGGGAGCCACAGCAGACGUGCAUUUUCUGCUCGUGAACCACGGAAGCAGGGGGACGUUUACCUUCACAGCGACAGACGACGCUUCCAUGGUGCAGUCUGUGUCACCGACAUCGGUCACGUUACAGCCUAACGCCAACACGACAGGGUACAUCAGCUUUGCAGCUCCUAGCGCAGCGACAGUCGGUACAACAAGCACUGCAACGCUAACUGUGUCCGGACCCGGGGGUUCGUCCAACUCGCUGGUAGUCAGAAUCACCGUAGAACCUCAAAUUGUGGUGACUGUGGACGACGUCUCACCGACGUGUACAAUAGUGGCGGCAACUGGCAACUGCACCCUGGAACAACAGCACCCCUCUGCCUUGAUAACAUGA